AUGAUUGCCAAACCCAACUGUUCCUCAACGAAUACGUCUGUAUCAAGAUGCGUCCAAGACCUGAUGUGCAAUACCAGUAUUGUGUCGAACCUUAGUGAGGUGGAGAUGGAAGAGUUUUGCCUCAACCAAGACGAGUAUCUGGAGAAAUAUCUGGGGCCCAGACGUUCCCCGGUGUUUCUGCCUGUGUGUAUCACCUACCUGAUCAUCUUUAUGGUGGGAGCGGUGGGGAACAUUCUUACGUGCAUCGUUAUUGCUCGCAACAAGGUCAUGAGGACGCCCACCAACUUCUACCUGUUCAGUCUGGCGGUGUCGGACCUGCUGGUGCUUCUUCUGGGAAUGCCUUUGGAGCUCUACGAAAUGUGGAGAAACUAUCCGUUCCUUUUUGGCAAAGGUGGCUGCUAUUUCAAGACCUUCCUCUUUGAGACCGUGUGUUUCGCCUCCAUCUUGAAUGUAACAGCACUGAGCGUGGAGCGCUACAUUGCUGUGGUCCAUCCGCUCAGGGUCAAAUACGUAGUGACUCGCACUCACGCCAGGCGGGUGAUCUUGAGCGUGUGGAGCGUGUCUGUAUUGUGUGCCAUUCCCAACACCAGCCUCCAUGGCAUUUUCAUCCUCCCUCUUCCCAAAGGGAAAGGAGUAGGUGCCAUGUCCACUUCUGUCACCUGCAUGCUGGUCAAGCCACGCUGGAUGUACAACCUGAUCAUCCAAAUCACCACUCUGCUGUUUUUCCUCCUGCCCAUGUUGACCAUCAGCGUGCUGUAUUUGCUCAUCGGCAUGCAGCUAAAACGCGAGAAGAUGUUGCAUGUCCUGGAGGCAAAAGCCAGUGUGGGACAAGACAGCUCCUCUAAUGUACGCAGUCAGCAGCAGAAAGCCCGUCACCAGCAGGUCACUAAAAUUGUUUUCCUU